AUGGGUUCAAUACCCGACCUCGAGCCAUCCGGGACUCACCUAACCUACCUCGUUCUAUCAUUCUUUUUGAUCCUAUAUGCAUUAUUCUCGGAACUCAUACGCAACAGAUUACAUCUUUCGGAACCCCCGUUGGCAACGUUGUCGGGAAUAGCAUUCGGACCUCUUGCCGUUGAUAUUUUCGGAUCAGCAGAAUGGCGGUUUCAAGACAAUAUCACGCAGGAGAUGGCGAGAGUCAUUACUGGCGUGCAGGUGUUUGCUGUUGGCCUUGACUUACCUAGUGCGUAUGUCAAGAAACACUGGAAGGGAAUUGCCGUGCUACUAGGACCGAACAUGAUCUUCGGAUGGUGUGUGUCAGCUGUCAUUUUGAAGCUUGUUCUCAGUUUACAAUGGACUACCGCAUUCAUCAUCGCCGCUACACUCACGCCUACGGAUCCUGUCUUGUCAGCUAGCGUGUUGGGAGAAGCAAAAUUCUCAAUGAGGGUGCCGAAACGGCUGCGGCACAUUCUUGCUGCCGAAUCUGGUUGCAACGAUGGAACAGCUUUUCCUUUCCUCUACGCCGCGGUACUCUUUGUCACGCAAAAGACCUGGGCAGACUGGUCCAAACAAUUUUUCCUGGACGUUAUACUAUGGCAAUGCACGUUAGGCAUCGUCCUCGGAGCCACAAUUGGUGUCGUUGCAAACAGGUCACUUCGCUACAGUGAGAGUCAAGGAUACACGCAAGAAUCAACAUUGUUCGUCUUCUACUUCCUGCUUGCAAUCUUCUCUGUGGGAGUAGGAAGCACUUUUGGCCUCGAUGACUUCCUCGUCGCGUUCUCCUCAGGUACUGCCUUCUGUUGGGACGGAUGGUUUCACGAGAAGACGCAGCGCAUGAAGCUACCCAGCAUCAUUGAUCUUCUGCUCAACUCAUCUAUGUUCGUUUACUUCGGUACAAUCAUUCCCUGGACUAAGUACGUUGACAAUCUGAACGGAUGGCGUCUCUUAGCUUGCACUGUCCUGAUACUGCUAUUCAGACGAAUACCUUCUAUACUGGCACUGAAGAGAAUUCUGCCAGAAACAAAGACAUGGAGCGAGGCCUUUUUCGCAGGCCACUUCGGCCCCAUGGGUGUGGGAGCAAUGUUCUUAGCAAUGGAAGCUCGUGGUCAACUCGAGAAUGACAGUUCGACUCCCGAUCCACAUCCUCCGACGAGUGGUCCACAUCUUGAAGCCAUACAGGCUCUCUGGCCGGUCGUCAGUUUCAUCGUGCUUGGGUCAAUUAUGGUACAUGGAUUCUCAGCUGCAGCCAUGAGCGUCUGGGGUCAUUUGAGUCGUCAUCCGAAACGCAGAGCAUCAGUUCCUGGAGGAGAAGAUGAGAGAUUGGGUGGUAUGGCAGACGAUGAAAGUCUGAUGGACGAAGAGGAAUUCAACGACAGCUCGUCUGGAGAGGAAGAAGCUGUUCAGGGUAAUGGUCACAUCCGCGUGGGAUGA